AUUUUUAUAUUAUUCGCUAUUAUUUUGAUAGAGGGUUAUGUACUUGAGGCCCAUAUUUUUUAUUAUCCAGGCCCAGAACUAUCACUGCAAAUUUAUCUCUUUGAGGCAAUUCAUCAAACAGAUAGUAAUCUUAAGCAAACAGUCCAUAAAGAAUCAGAGAAUCUAAGAAAACAAAGUAAAAUUGGUUCAAAAUGCAAAGCUUGAGAUCAUCUAUUCUGAAGUAUGUACAGGUUAAGGUCCCAAAACAAGUAUUAUCAUCUCAAGUUGAAGGCCGGAGUGCGUUAAAUAUUCUCAAUUUGCAAAUACGCACCUGUAGCAAUUCUGGUUCCACCGAUCAGGAUCAGAUAAAGGAACAAGUGCUUAACCUGGUGAAGAAAUUUGACAAGAUUGAUGCAACCAAGGUCACUGAGAGUGCUGAUUUCCAGAAGGACUUGAGCCUAGACAGCUUAGAUAGAGUGGAACUUGUCAUGGCUUUUGAACAAGAAUUCUCGAUUGAGAUACCUGACGAAGAGGCAGACAAGCUUAAAUGUUGUGCCGAUGUUGCUCAGUAUAUCAUUUCUGGAGCUGAGAAGAAAGCUCAGGAGAGCUCCUAGAGUAACUUAUUAGUUAUCUCAAGGAGAGGAUGUCACGUCAUCAGAAUAGACAAAGGUUUUUUUGGAACAUUCUCCUAGAUAGUGUUUCUUUUGUCUGAUAAGCUGUUGAAUCCCAGGAUCACAUCGUCCUUUAACUUCUUUAAGCGCAUCUUUUAGUUUUUCGUGGAUCUGUGUGAAUGAUUGCUACAUUUAUGCACCCCAGAUUUUAGUUAUUGAUUCUGCAGUGAAUACAA